UAUCGACAUGCUGCCAUCUGCCCGCCAUUGCCAGCGUCACUGUCGUCAUCAUCGUCUUCACCACCCACUACCCCAAUCUUCUUCGUCUUCUCCCCAGUCUUCACCAUGCAGAACCGUCUGAAGGUGCGUCGAAGAGUGCUGGCAUGCGCCCGCUGUCGGAAACGAAAACUCUCGUGUGAUGGCAAAGUCCCUUCUUGCACCCGCUGUCUCGACGCAAGCGUGCCUUGCGUAGGAUUCGACUCUUCUACUCAAAGCGAGGCUCCCCGCAGCCUCGCCGACUUCCUGGAGAACCAUAUUCGGAGCUUGGAUAACCCUGCAAGUCCCACCUCCACACGCAUCCCACCACCUCGUCCGAGCCUGGCUUUCCCCUCUCCAACCGCUUCCAACGACUCUGAAGCUCGUCCCCCGAUUUUGCACGCCAACAAAUCUACCUAUGCCGACGAUCUGGUCAGCCAAGCCAUGCAAGACAUCACCCCUUCUUUCCUGGGCAUCUCACAAACCACUCCCAUUUUGAGCUGUGUCGUCAAAGGCACCCAGCUUCCAUCACGCAAGGGCCCCAUGGGAUCCAACGACUUGGAUGAAAACCACCCCAAGUCCAUAAUGAAUCCUCAGCCUUCGGCCAAUACCCUCGAACGCAUUGACCACAAGAUUGCGAAUGGCCUCUUUCACAAUUACCUUGAUCGCGUCAUCACACAGUACCCCAUCUAUCAUAGAAGCGAUGUCACCGCCGCUUUCAACUCCAUAUACUACCCUGCCUCCAACCCUAACAAUGACUCCCCCCGGAAUCGCUUCAUUGUUAGCAUCAUCAUGGCUAUUUCGCUUUCGACAGCUGCUCGCACCCAGCAGAAGAAGGCCAACGCUCUCGCUUAUACUCUGGUUCAUCAAGCUAUGCAAUACAUCCCCUCAGUCGCAACCAACGACAUCAGCGGUCUGCAAGCGAUCCUCCUCCUUACUCAAUACAUCUUUCUCAACCCGGAGAUGGCCGAUCUGUGGCUCCUGACGGGGCUGAUCAGUCAAGCCGUCAUCGACUUGGGUCUGCAUCACGAAUUACCUGACGAACCAAAAAAGAGACCGGCUUCUGGAUUACCUGAGAACCCGGGAGUAUCAGCUUAUGAGCGCGACAUGAGGCGUCGCUUGUUCUGGUGCGCUUGGGAAAUGGAAGUCGGCGUUUGCAGCAUAUUCCAGCGCCCUGUCAACCUCCCUAUUCGCAACAUUGAAGUUGCUUUCCCAGUCGAAGUGGAUGAUGUCGCCGUUACCCGAGACCGGAUCGACUUUACCGGGCGUAUAUCCAAAUUCACUUCCCGCCGAAUCUGCCUCUUCCGCCUGGUCGAAGCAGAAAUAUUUGCCGUCACCCGCCACGGUCAACCGGUACCCAAACAAUUCAACUCCUUCGAGCACUGGAUGCAGGACUGCGAGCAGCGAAUCAUCGACUGGCAAAGCGAAAUAUACGCCAACGCCUCUGCAAACCAGGAUCGUGGGUUCGAUGAGCGAUGGAAGGAAAUGAAGCUGUACUCGGACAUUGCAGUCCCAUACAUCUUUGUUGUCCUGCAUCGUCCCUCGUCGCUCAACCCAACGCCCAGUACCGCUCAGCUCAUGACCGCUUUUGUCAACGCCGUCAAAGUUGCCGAGGGAUACUGGAAACAGCACAACGCCGAUUUCGGCAGGAUCAAAUAUGUAUUCCACCCAUGCCAUCACGUCUUCAACAGCGCCGACAUUUUCUUGCAUGCGCUGCAACGUUGCAAACAGGAGAUAUCCGAACUAUAUCCUUGGAAAACGAUUGAGCAAUGGAUGGGUUGUUUUUCCGCUUGUUUUCUGGUCGUGGCCGAACGAUGGACGGUGGCAAAGCGCUGCCUCGAGGAGUAUGAACGAGAGCUUGCAGGCGUCAAGAAGGAGUAUACCGAUUUCCUAGCGCACAAGGCGGCCCUCGUUCCAAAACCACUCACACCCAUUGGAGAACCGGUCGAGGGGUUCUACGCAUACCAACAACACGGUGUCGAUGCGUCAAGCUCGAUGAAAUGCUGGAACGUUUUCGAUGCAGCUACCACAGGCGAGGCUGCGAACCUACUUCCUCCUGUGACUUAUAACAUCCCACACGAUUGGAACCAGGAAUUCAAUUUCAAUUUCGUCGAAUCGCCGCUUGUAUCUCUGGCGCCUAGCUGA